CAGAGCCAUGGUGUCAUGGAAAGGGAUAUACUUUGUACUUGCACUGUUCUUGGGAAGUUUUUUUGGAAGUAUAUUCAUGCUCGGUCCUUUUCUACCUUUGAUGUUUAUCUCACCGGCCUGGUACCGCUGGAUCACCGAUUGCGUUGUGGCCACUUGGCUCACGCUCCCAGUGGCCUUGCUGGAGAUGGUGUUUGGUGCCAAGGUGGUUGUCACUGGUGACGGAUUUGUUCCUGGAGAAAGGAGUGUCAUUAUCAUGAACCAUCGCACACGAAUGGACUGGAUGUUCCUGUGGAACUGCCUGCUGCGAUACAGCUACCUCAGACUUGAAAAAAUCUGUCUCAAAUCCAGUCUCAAAAGCAUUCCAGGAUUUGGCUGGGCGAUGCAGGUUGCUGCCUUUGUUUUCAUUCAGAGAAAGUGGGAAGAUGACAAGAGUCACUUUGAAAAAAUGCUGGAUUAUUUCUGUGACAUUCAUGAACCGCUACAACUCCUCAUCUUUCCGGAAGGAACUGAUCUCACAGCCAAUACCAAAGCCCGCAGUAACGAAUUCGCUGAAAAGAAUGGACUUCAGAAAUAUGAGUACGUCUUACAUCCGCGAACUACUGGAUUCACUUUUGUGGUUGAGCGUCUAAGGGAAGGUGACAAUCUCGAUGCUAUCCAUGACAUAACUGUGGCGUACCCCCAAAACAUCCCUCAGACAGAGAAGCACCUUUUGAAUGGAAACUUCCCGAAGGAGAUUCACUUCCACGUCCAGAGAUAUCCCAUAGAGACAGUGCCAACUUCUAAGGAGGAGCUGCAGCUUUGGUGCCGGAAGCGUUGGGAAGAGAAAGAGGAGAGACUCCGACACUUCUAUGAAGGUGGAAAGUCCUUCAGUGCGACGGGGCAAAGCAUUAUUCCACCGUGUAAAUCUGAGCUCAGGGUCCUGACAGUUAAGUGCAUCUCGCUCCUGUAUUGGACGGUGUUCCCCCUGGGUAUGCUGGCACUGCUGUACCUGUACAGCUUUGCACGAUGGUAUUUUGCAGCCAUGAUCGUCUUUUUUGUUGUGCAGCAAAAGGUUUUUGGUGGGCUGGAACUAAUUGAACUCGCUUGUCAUCGAUACUUUAAAAAGCAACAGAAAUUUCACGACACGAAAAUAAAAAACGGUUAGUUCUGGGGUAGAGGAAGGUGUAAAAAUGGGUGGGUUUGAGAUGUCCUGCAAAUUUUAUGCACAGGGAAGAAUUUUUGCAUGAGAAUUGUCUUUUAUUAUCGCCGUUGUUAGACAUUUGCACUUGAUUCUGUGAAGGGGAAGAAAAAAUGUUAGUCAUUGCUACAUGUGAAAAUGAUAGUUUUUAUCUCUGAAUGUAAUUUCAACAUUGCUCUUGCAAGCAGCUAGCAGCUGCAUCCUGCUGUAAUUAAGAAACAAAUUGCUGGAUUAUUGAACAAUCCUAAGGACAUUAAUAAAUGUGACACGCACUGAACUUUCAUGU